AUGGUGGAUGAUGUCAAAAGCAUAAGCGAUGACUUCUCGAGCUUAAUAAUUGCUGCUGAAAAAUGGGCAGAAAGUACAACGGAUAAACAGCGCGAAGAUAAAAAUUCUUCCACUUAUCCUAAAUAUGUGCCCAUCAAAGAAAUGGCUUACGAAAUGGUAAUUAACCUAUGUCAAUUGAAUUAUUGGAACUCAAGUACUGAAACAGAUACCCGGAUUACAAAAAAAAAUGCAGAAAAAAUGAAAUCGACUCAAAAAUACUCGCAAUCACCAGCGGAAAAAACGAAGGAAACAGAAACUCUUGUCAAGACUACAACUCAAAUUAGCAAAUUGCAUACAAGUCUUAUUAAUGAGUGCAUUAAUGAAUUGCCUAGCAAGAUAGACGAACCUCAACAUAAACCUCAGCAAUUUUUGAAUAAUUUGAAUGAAAGAAAAAAAGAUACGAAAUAUUUUAAAAUACUUUCAAAUGCAGCAGAAGGAUGUAAAACUUAUACAGUAUAUCAUUCAAAGUUACAAGAUACAGAAACAGCAAUGAAUGCAUGUGAAAGAAAGCAAUAUGUAUGUGUGAGUACAAACACAUCACCAACGUUUAUGACACAAAAUUUGUUUGACAUCAACGAAGCUUCCGAGGAAUCUGUAUGCAAAGUAUCGAGUAUGAGCACAGUAAAACAAACAAAGUGUGAUGGGGAUAAAAUUUCUACCACUUCCAACAACAUCAAUUCUGCUAAAAAUAACAUGAAAACGACAACAAUUACUAGUAGAGGAUCACCUAUCAUGACAAUAUAUCCUAAUCCAGCGCAUAAUACGUCAACGAAAUACGUUGAAGAUGAAAAAAAGCCGCAUAUAGCAAUGAUUACUGAAAAUUUACCAAAAUUAAGUAGCGCGGAAAAAUUGCAAAAGACUAAUUUUGAAAACAAAUUUAUGCCAUCGAAACAAAGUUACACGUGCUCUUUGACCCCGAAGAUAGCAAAUAAUAAUUUCUCUUCAAGAAAAAGUAGACGGAAACAAAUCUUGAUAUACGGUACUCCACAAAUGAAGUGCAAUUUAGAAUAUAAUAAUCUUACACCAGUAACGCCUAAAACUUAUCUACGACAUACAUUUUCAUCUGGUGCUAAACAACGUCAAUCAAAAAUACCGUACACGCCAAAUAAUUCUUUUAAACAAACGGACGAUUUGCCUCUAACAAAUCGCGCUGCUCGAUUACGAGCUGAAUACUUGGCUAAAAAACGAUUUAUGAAUUGA